GGGCUUGAGACAUUGUGUGUCUGACCUAUAUGCUUGUUUGUUCAGGAUCCCGUUUUGUUUUCUGGAACCUUGAGGAUGAAUUUGGAUCCAUUCAACCAGUAUACUGAUGAAGAAAUAUGGAGAGCCCUUGAACAUGCCCACCUGAAGCAAUAUACAGAGGGUCUGCAGGAGAAACUCUUCUAUGUAGUGAAUGAGGGAGGUGAAAAUCUCAGGUAAGCAUAGUUUAAUCCGAGCACAACCUGAUAAUAUAUGUGUAUUUAUACCAUCUUCUGUUUAAGCAUUUUCUUGAAAUGUCUUCUUGAUACUUUAAGGCAGUGGUUCCCAACCCAGUCCUCAAGUACUGGACAGUCCAGGAUUAAAGGAUUACCCAGUUGUGUUUAGGAAAAAACAAAACAAAACACUUUAGACACAAUAGGGUAAUCCCUAAAUCCAGGACUGGUAUUGGGUACUUGAGGACUGGGUUGGGAACCACUGCUUUAAGGGUAACAUAAAUUAAAGCGAAAUACUUUCCCUUCAUUAUGUAAGCACCCAAUUUGUAUUGUGGGACAGACAUAGAGCAUAAAUUAAGUUUUAAAGAAUUGUAUGCAAACGUAAAGGUAAAAAGUACAUAUCGGGGGUGGGGUUAACUGACGAUCAGUGCGGUCGCAUGUCUGUCGACAAAGCACAAAAAAGCUUAAAAAUAAGGAGCCUUUCUGUAGCACAAACUGCCCUGGCCAGAGCCGAUGAUGUCCGCAAGCAUAUGGGGCGGAAGAAUAAGAAACCGAGGCCGGACCGGUCCAGGUUUUCAGCCGACAUUAGUGAGCUCUUUAGAAGGCUGCAUGGUGCAAGCAGGCCGUACAUGCUGGACGAUUUCUCAGACGUCUCAGAUGAAGUUCCCCUGCAUAGACCAGCAGACCUGGGCUUUCAGGGACCUCCCACACCCCCUCCGGAGGCAGAAAGCGGCUCAGCCCGGUUAUCACCUCCAUCCUAACCAACCUCCUGACCGACCUCCACAAAAGCCUCUCUGCAGACAUACCCCAAGUACAGAAGGAUGUCAGGGGGUUCACAGCCCACUUAACCAAAGUAGAACAAACCGUGCAAGAGCAUACUCCCCAAGAAGCAGGUGAGGUAAGGGGCCUCACAACACCUCAGACAAAGUUUGACAGCCAGCUAGCAACUUUGCAGGAUAAGAGGAGGUGGAAACACUUGAAGAUCAGGGGUAUAUCAGACUUCACUACUAUGGCAGAGAUGCCACACUUCCUAUGCAGGUUGUUUAUGGCUUUACUACCCCCUAAAACAGCAAAGGGUAUUCGACUGGAUGACAUGUUUCGCCUACCCAAGCCUCAGUCUACUACUACCCCAGCUACCAGUGACCUCUUGGUUAAAUUUCAAAAUGGGCAAGAUAGAGCAGCCAUCUUACAAGCCACCGGGGGAAGACCCAUAUACCACUUUGAAGAAAUGGAUCUCACGUUCUCUGCUGAACUCUCUCAAUCAACACUGCAGUGGUGAAAGUCACUGAGACCCCUAAGAUCCACACUAAUGUCCCAAGGCCUGAAGUAUGGCUGGGGCACGCCUAGUAAGCUGAUAUUCCAGCACAAUGGUGCAGAACACAGAAUCACAGAAACAUCUGAAAUAUCCUGUCCUCCCUGGGACCUGGUCCUAACCCUCGACCCGCUACAACCACGUGGAAUCCCGCCACUGUGGUCCCGUUCACUCCUUGACCCCGAGGAGCAGCAGGAGUAGCCAUCACCUGAAUACAGCACUAUUGGUGUUGGGACUUGUCCCCUUUCUCUUCCUUUCACUUUACUUUUCAUUAAUGCUUUUUUUGUUUGUUUGUUUAAAAAUUGUGCAAUUAUCCGAUUUUGUUAAUGUUCUUCAUGGAUCAUCAGUCCUAUAACCAUUCUGCGCCACAGUUGUCACACUCAUGAGCCCUCGCCUUGAGUUAACCUUGAGCUUGCUACCUAGACACCACAGAGAUCCACAAAACAUUACGGCGCAGGAAAAUUUAGAAAUUUAAACUGGUUUCUGUUAUUAGUUUUGCACCAACACCAUCCACCUGUUGCAGCUCACUCUCUUAAGCCACGCUCUGCAAUUCAUGCACAGAAAUUACGUCAUCAGUCUACAUGAAAUUAAGAAUAUAAUAAGGAACAUGUUAACUGUUAUUAUAAAAAUGUGCCAAUAUCUAGACUGCCACACUACUGUUUAUCAAUUCUGUAUCAUGAUUAUGCCUGUCGUUGCUGUCGUGGCAAGACAAGCUUGUGUUAUUACCUGUGCAUGACAAAAAUGUAAGAUUUUUUUUAAAAGUACAUAUAUCAAAGAAGCAGAUGAAUUAUAAUAACCAAAAUAUUAACAUAAAAAGUAGGAAUUCUGUAAUGUGACAGUAUUAAAACUGUGUUGCCAUUACAAUGCUGUACAGAUACACUGUUAUAUGCAGUGCCAUAAUGACAUGGUGUACAGCAAUGUAUCUCAUGUUGUAGAGUAGGGGUGACCUGCCUUCAAAAUGCUGUGAGCUGUAAAUCAAUUCACUAGAAUCAUGGAGUUAGUCAUUAUUUCUUAAUAAACUAUAUAAUUGUAACUUUUGCAUGUAACUAGUGAAUGUCUUUGACCAUUUUAGAUCUUCAAUAGAUUUCUCUCUCGUUAUCUUCUCAAUGAUGAAUAAGUGUAGUGCUAUCCCAGAGAAACGCAAAAUGAGCAGUAAAAUAGACAAGAGAAACUUUAAAGUGUGCACAGAUAGAUGCUUUAGAAAGCAUCCAGGACUAGCAGCAAUAGCCUAAGUCUCAAGGGCAGAUCCUAAAUAGUUUUGUUUAAAUGCAUCAUCAUUUGAUGGCUACGUCCCCAUAAUAUUACUUACCGUAAUAUGGAAUGUGUCUCCUUUUCAUUUUACCUGAUAUUUUACCAGAAAUUUGUUCCUUUUCCAUGAUUUGUAAUGUAACUUGUUUCUCCUCUUGGUCCAGCGUUGGUCAGAGGCAACUUGUGUGCCUUGCUCGGGCUCUUCUCAGGAAAUCCAAAAUCCUCAUCCUGGAUGAAGCAACAGCUGCUGUAGAUUUGGAAACUGACAAUUUGAUCCAGAAAACGAUUCGCAGUGAAUUCUCAGACUGCACAGUGCUUACCAUUGCACAUAGAUUAAACACCAUUUUGGACAACAACAGGUGAGAAAGAUUGUUACACUGAGUCCUCAUCACACAAGCACACAACCUCUCUGUGGAACAGGCAAGUCUGAAAUGUCAGUGUCACUUACAGUAACGUUUUGACAAAGACCCAGUGUCGAAAUGUUGCUGUAACCUUGCUCCAAUAAACUUGCCUUGCUGAGCUUAGAAGUGCCUGGACCGUUUUUCUUUCUUUGGAUUUAACCUUGUGGGGAUUGUGCUAGCUCCUGGUCUUGUUGCACCCAACUUUAGCUCAAUCAGGGCUGGAUUAACAUAGGGGCUGAUGGAGCUGCAGCUCCAGCCCCAGGCCCAGGCCCAUAUAAUAGGCCCAUUUAAAAAAUAUAUAUAUUAUUUUUUUUUAUUUUUAUUUUUUACACACUACUCUUGGGUUUGCCACCUGACUGGUAUUUUACCAGCACAGCCGGUAUUUGGGGCUGCCUGGCCGUGCCAGUAUUGCAGUAAUACCGGCAAUACAAAUGCAGAUAUUUUUCUCAGUAUAAAUGGAGAUUACUCUGCAAUACCAGCACUAGCCAGUAGGGGUCACUGUGUGUGGAGAGAGGCAGGGAUAGGAAGUUACAGCAUAUCCCUCCCUGCCUCUCUUACUCACUGAUCCGCGGGGGAACAGCUACACAGCGUAGAGAGUUCAGACAGCAGCUCUCAGUCUGCAGACAGACAACAGCUCAGGGAAGUGAAGUGAAGGAUGGGUGGGAAAGGCAGCAGGGAAACAUGGGAACACUGAGACACUAGGGGACACUGAGACAUAGGGACACACUAGGGACGCAUUGUCUCCAUGUCUCCCAGUGUCCCUAUGUCUCCCAGCCAAUGUCCCUAGUAUCUCAGUGUCCCCAUGGCUCCCAGUGUCUCCCAGUGUCUGUGUCCCCAUGUCUGUGUCCCUAGAGUCUCAUUGUCCCCAUGUGUCCCCAAAUAUCUGUCUCCCAGUGUCCACAUGUCUCCCAGCCAGUGUCCCUAGUGUCUCAGUGUCGCAAAAUGUCUGUGUCCCCAUGUCUCCCAGCCAAUGUCCCUAGUGUCUCAGUGUCUCCACGGCACCCAGUGUCCCCUAGUCUCCCAUUGUAUGUGUCCCCAUGUCUCUCAGUGGCCCUAGUGUCUCAGUGUCUCCAUGUCUCCCAGUGUCCAUAUGUCUCCCAGGCAAUGUCCCUAGUAUCUCAGUGUCCCCAUGGCUCCCAGUGUCCCCUAGUCUCCCAGUGUCUGUGUCCCCAUGUCUCUGUGUCCCUAGAGUCUCAUUGUCCCCAUGUGUCCCAGUGUCCCCAAAUAUCUGUCUCCCAGUGACCUCAUGUCUCCCAGCCAGUGUCCCUAGUGUCUGUGUCCCAAAAUGUCUGUGUCCCCAUGUUUCCCAGUGUCCCCAUGUCUCCCAGCCAAUGUCCCUAGUGUCUCAGUGUCUCCACGGUACCCAGUGUCCCCUAGUCUCCCAGUGUAUGUGUCCCCAUGUCUCUGUGUCCAUAUGUCUCCCAGCCAGUAUCCCUAGUGUCUCAGUGUCCCCAUGUCUCCCAGUGCCCCAAAAUUUUUCAGUGUCCCCAUGUCUCCCAGUCUGGGUCCACAAGUGCCCCCAUGUCUCACAGUGUCCUCAAGCCUCCCAGCCAGUGUCCCUAGUGUCUCAGUGUCCCCAUGUCUCCCAGUGUCUGUGUCUCCAUGUCUCUGUGUCCCCAUGUCUCCCAGUCUCUGUGUCUCCAUGUCUCUGUCCCCAUGUCUCCCAGUGUCUCCAUGUCUCCCCAUGUCUGUAUCUACAAGUGCCCCCAUGUCUCUGUGUCCCAUGGUGUCCCACUGUCCCCAUGUCUCACCUUGUCCACGUGUCUCACUGUGUCCCCUAAUAUCCUAGUGACAAGGGAAACACCGAGACAUGGGGACACUGGGAGAAAUGAGGACACAGACACUGGAAGACUAGGGGACUGGGCGUCCAAUUCUUUGGACAGACAUGCCCCUUUUGGCAGUUCUGGUCACGUGAUUCGCGUCAAUGGCCCACCGUUUUACCCCGCCCAUUGACUUCCUGCUUCACUGGACACUGCUGUUAGCGGGUAUGGAUUUACUUGAAAGAUGAAAGCAUAAAUUAGAGAGAGAUUAGCAUAGAGUAUGUGUAUUCUUAUAGCUGCAUCCUUUGAGUUUCCCUCCAACACCAUCUCCAUUAGAUACAUGACGCUUGGGAGGUAUGACUGUUUUAGUGUCUUUGCUCGAUAAGAUUCUGUAAUUAGGCCCCAUCAUAAUGGUCAGCACCAGGCCCACUGGGCUCUUAAUCUAGCCAUGAACUCAAUUGAUUGAGUACAGUUACUAUAAAUCUGGUUGUCACUCACAUUGACACAACAAUUUCUCCAGGAUUAUAAACAUGAUGCGCUAAUAGGGGAGGUUAAAGGUUCUGUUGUAGUCGAGGUAGUUGGUGUUGAAGGACUUAGGUUAGGGUAAAAAAACGCUGUCGAUUUUAACUCUCAUCAUUCUAUGUUUCAGUCUGCAGCAUAAGCCAGAUGCCCCAUAAAUAUACCUAACCAUGCAUCAGGGUUAUACUUCUGUAUUCUACAGCAUUACAUUACUGCGUACAUCAGUGUACUUGGUGCUACAACCUGUUAGUAUCAACAGCUUUGUAACACAGCCAUCGUAUGUUUAAUGUGCAACAUUGCAGUAUUGCUAAUAAAUGGCUGUUAAGUUUGUGUUGUAUUUUUUUUAUCAUCAUCAAUAUUCUUACGUACUGCUUUAGAAUUUCCAAUAUCCAAAAAAUAAAUAGGAACUACUUUGCCAAGUCCAAGUCCAAGUUUUAAAAAAAAGCUUGACAAAGGCUAUUGUCACCUGUCCUUUUUUUUUUUUUUUAAAUAUAUAUAUAUAUAUAUAGAUAUAGACCACAGUGUAGUAGUGCUGGGCAUGUGUUGGGGGAGGAGUUUCAUACUGAGAAUUUGAAAUGUUGGCUAAAUAAAUCCCCUUUCUUUUUUAUCAUAGGGUAAUGGUUUUGGACGCAGGGAAUAUUGUUGAAUUUGGAAGCCCAGAUGAGCUAUUUAAACGUCAAGGAAACUUCUAUUCUAUGGCCAAGGAUGCUGGUAUCGAUAGUGCUUCAAGUACUGUAUUUUAGAAACAGACGUGCUGCAAAUUGCAAAAGGCAAAGAAUAUGGAAAUGUGUGCCGGCAGCUCAGACAUCACAUAACAUAACAAAACCAUGUUCACAUAAAUGCAACGUGACAAAGGAGCUAAUGAUUUGGACAAAGUCCUUAACUGAAUGGACUAAACAGGAGUGGUAAUGCUGUCGUUGUCUGCCAUUAAACUUUAUUUCAGUGAUGUGUUGGCACACUGUGUUCAUAAAACUCUGGCAGCAUUCACGUGGUGUCAUCAGCACUUACUCCAAAUGACUGCAGGCUAACUAUGACUUCCACGCUGUGUUACCUGUUAAUAAGGUGGCCAGGAGUAGGUAUGUUUUAAUUAUGAGAGAAACUGUUAUUAUUAAGAAAUUGGGGUGCAUAUGAUGUAACCAGUCAAUAAACCCAUGUUUUUAUUUAUACUAUUUUCACGUUUGUUGCUCUGUUGGAAACACCUUGAAUGUUAAAAAUCCAAAUGGAAUGUGAAUAUUCUGAUAUACUUUGUUGCUCUAAAACAUUUUGGGUGGCAAAUGGCAAUACUUUGGUAUGCUGCAUGCCUCAUAUCAUUUGUAUUUGAGGUGCGCAUGGGGUGUGUUUUCCUAAAACUUCCAAAACCUUAUUAAGUAUGUAUAGGAUGAGUAAAGGCAGAUCAGCAGUGUCAGCCCAGGUACGCAUCAGCAACUAUUAAUUCAUUUUCUGAAGCAGGCCAAAAAAAAAAAAAAGAGAGAAUGAAGCUUCCGUAUAAUUUAAC